CUCGCGUCCCGGCCUCCAGGCACUUUUUCUAUUGGCGCUGCGGGCCUGUGAGCUGGGGCUGCGAGCGCUUCCUGACCUUCUUAGUGUGCAGCAGGCCGGGUGAGGUCGGGCCCGCGUGGGGGGCAGGCGGAGGCAGAGGUGCGGCGGGUUGCCUUCGUUGGCGUCCGGGCCGGCCCGCGCCUUUGCAGCGUGCUCCAUGCAUCCGGAGCCCGCCCCGCCCCCGAGCAGCAGCAGCCCGGAGCUUCCCCUCAGCGGCAGCAGCACCAACAGCGGCAGCCGCCGGAGCCGCCGCCGCAGCGGGGACGGGGAGCCCUCAGGGACCCCCGCGCCGCCGCCCGCAGUAACCUACCCGGAGUGGAUCGGCCAGAGUUAUUCUGAGGUGAUGAGCCUCAACGAGCACUCCAUGCAGGCGCUGUCCUGGCGCAAGCUCUACUUGAGCCGCGCCAAGCUCAAAGCUUCCAGCCGGACCUCGGCUCUGCUCUCCGGCUUCGCCAUGGUGGCAAUGGUGGAAGUGCAGCUGGACACUGACCAUGACUACCCACUAGGGCUUCUCAUUGCCUUCAGCAUCUGCACCACGGUGUUGGUGGCUGUGCACCUAUUCGCACUCAUGAUCAGCACCUGCAUCCUACCCAACAUCGAAGCAGUGAGCAACGUGCACAACCUCAACUCAGUCAAGGAGUCACCCCAUGAGCGCAUGCACCGCCACAUUGAGCUGGCCUGGGCUUUCUCCACUGUCAUUGGCACGCUGCUAUUCCUGGCUGAGGUGGUGCUGCUCUGCUGGGUCAAGUUCUUGCCCCUCAAAAAACAGCCAGGCCAGCCGAGGCCCACCAGCAAGCCUCCAGCUGGUGGUAGUGCAGUUGCCAACGUCAGUGGCAGUGGUAGUGCUGGCGGUAUCACCCCUGGCCAGGCAGCUGCCAUUGCCUCCACUGCCAUCAUGGUCCCCUUUGGCCUGGUCUUUAUUGUCUUUGCCGUCCACUUCUAUCGUUCACUGGUCAGCCACAAGACGGACCGACAGUUCCAGGAGCUCAACGAGCUGGCCGAGUUUGCCCGCUUGCAGGACCAGCUGGACCACAGAGGGGACCACCCCCUGACACCCGGCAGCCACUAUGCCUAAGCCCUCACAGCCUGGGCCCUCCAGAGCUUUGGCCUUAUGACUUCCCUAUGACCUUGUCUUGCCCCAGCCUUACAGACGGCCUGUGCAAGGGGCUGGGCUCUAUCAGUGGGCAAAGAGUGGAGGGCAAAGGCUUUUUAUAAAAGAAAUUUCUGCACUUUGAAACUUUCCUCUAAGAGAAUAAGCACUUCCUGUUCUUCCAGCUCCAGGUAUACCUCCUAUUAGGAGGUGGUGGGGGCCGGAGUGGGGCCAGAAGUUCCUUUUGUCCCCACUUCUCUCCCCUGUGCCAGUGCCACCUGGUGGUUCCUAUCUUUUUCAUCCACCUCGACCUCCCUCCUGGUCAGUGUUGAGAGUGUUCUCUGUGUGUGUGUGUGAGAGAGAGAUUCAUAAAUACACUCUUAAGGGACGCCU